AUGCCGCCGCGCACCACUAGCUUCCCCCCAACGCCCGCUCCAAGCACCGACAUCACAGCAAAGAGCAGCGCGACUGUUGCCCAGCUCGACAGCAGCUUCGCCCUCCCUCCUGCCGCUAUAGCAAACAGCCACACCAGCUCCAAUACCAGGACCCCGACCAGCACAGCUACCGACACUUCGUCGGCAGCCUCCAAUGCCUCCGACUCCUCCUACCGACCGCUCUCCCCCGCAUCUCCCGUCGCCACCUCCAAGAAGGCCUCCAGUUCGCGCAAGCGUGCUGCUCCUGGUACUGCCCUACACGCCCCCGUGACCUCGCCAGACUAUUCCCUUCCUCCUCCACCUACGCGCUCUCGCAAGAUCAUUCAGAUGAAGCCCAGGGAUCCGCAACAGGUCCAGUCCGAGCCCAGCUCCUCUGCAACCGCCGCGAAGCCAAAUGCUGCGCCACCGGCUGCGGGCAAGAGGAAACAAGCCAGCAAUACCACGGCCGCGGGGCGCAAGAUUGCCAGGAAGACGGCCCACAGUCUCAUUGAGCGCAGGAGGAGAUCCAAGAUGAACGAAGAGUUUGGCGUGCUCAAGGAUAUGAUUCCCGCGUGUGCCGGCCAGGAGAUGCACAAACUCGCCAUAUUGCAGGCAAGCAUCGAGUAUAUGCGAUACCUGCAGCAAUGUGUCGACGAAUUGAAGGAGGCACACCGAUCGAGGAAGCCCCUCUCAUCCACGGCCCCGUCUCCGUACAUGCCGCACACGGAGCCGUCCGAGUCUGCCUUUGAUACGAAUAAUGCGAUAGACCAAGAUGACGAGGAUAAUCCAGAUGACGAGGAUGAAGACAUGUCUGACGCUGUCUCACCCAAGCAGGCUUCUGUGCAAUGGGACACGCUUCCUCCUUUUACCAAUGCUUCGCCCGCCAUUUACCCAUCGGAUCGAAGCAUUCACUCGACCACCACGUCACCCAAUCUUGGCCCCAAUGACAUACGCAACUAUUCAGUAGCCAUGUCUCCUGCUCUGCAAGCUUCCGAUCCACAUCGCUAUUCACUCGGCGGCUCUUGCGUCCGCUCAACGGCCACCUCGCCAUCCAUGCAGCCUUCGCCCGCGUUUGGGGGGCAAACACCUUCCCAAUCUUUCAACAACCCUUUUUCCGCUGGCCCAUCCAGCAAGAACUCGGUGUCAGGGCCUUCGGGUUCAGUCUUUGCACUCACCUCCCCCGCGCUGGGGCCGCAAGCUGAUCGGGAAGAUCAUGAAGCUACAGAAGCCUUGCUGAUGCUCAACACAGAUCGUCGCAGUUGGACUAGCGAGAGGAACACUGGGGGGCGAGGCAUGAGUGUACGAGAUCUUCUCAGUGGGUAA